UGUGAAUUUGUAAUCAGCAUGAAUGUGUCCGAAGGGACCAUCUUUAGUUAAAUCAUUGGCUAUUUGUUGAAAAAAAAACACUAAUGACAGAGGCCUCAUCAUGUUAAUUUUUACUAAAGAGUAACUUUUGACAAAGUAUGUCAGUAAAUGUCCAAGAUACCAUCAUAUAAUUAUGUACACACAUGAUUUGAGAGUAUAGGUUUGAGUAUUCUGCGUUUAUAUGUAGAUUGGAAUUCAGUGACUGUUAAAAGAUAUUGAUACUUUAUUCUUAUUGUUUUGUUUAAAUCAGAGUUAGGUUGAAAAUAAACAUGACAUAAGAUUUGAGAAUGAGAUUGCAAAUGAUUGCGGCUGUGACUUGUCCAUGAUAGAUUGUCACAAAAGUCAUGAUGACAAAAAGGUAAUGGAAAUUUGAGUUUUUUUUUCCAUUUCAUAAUUUGUUAUCAGCUUGUAUGUGUUCUAAGGGACGAACUUUAGUUAAAUGAUGGACUAUUUGUUGAUAAAGCUCUUUGAGAACGAAUAUGCCUCUUCAUGUUAAUUUUUUACUUAAGGUGUAUAUAUUGGAACAGUAGGUCAGUAAAUGUCCAAGAUACCAUUACAUAUAUAUGCAUGAUUUAAGAAUAUAAGUUUUAGACUUUUUGAAAUAUGUAGAUUGGAAUUUAGUGCCUGUUAUAUAAUAUAGAAACUUGUUUUGAAUUUUUUAAUCAGACUCUCUCAACUGAUGAAACCAUGAGUAAUGCUGAAAAUGAGCAUGACAAUAUAUUUGAAAAUGGGCUUGCAAAUGAUAAAGGUCGUGAAAUAUCCUUGAUGGAUUGUCAUCAAAGUCAUGAUGACAGAGAGACCAUGUCAAAUAAUGAAACUGUGACUCAUUUUGAAAAUGAGCAGGACAUAAGAUUUGAGAAUGAGAUUGCAAAUGAUUGCGGCUGUGACUUGUCCAUGAUAGAUUGUCACAAAAGUCAUGAUGACAAAAAGACUCUCUCAACUGAUGAAACCAUGAGUAAUGCUGAAAAUGAGCAUGACAAUAUAUUUGAAAAUGGGCUUGCAAAUGAUAAAGGUCGUGACAUAUCCUUGAUGGAUUGUCAUCAAAGUCAUGAUGACAGAGAGACCAUGUCAAAUAAUGAAACUGUGACUCAUUUUGAAAAUGAGCAGGACAUAAGAUUUGAGAAUGAGAUUGCAAAUGAUUGCGGCUGUGACUUGUCCAUGAUAGAUUGUCACAAAAGUCAUGAUGACAAAAAGACUCUCUCAACUGAUGAAACCAUGAGUAAUGCUGAAAAUGAGCAUGACAAUAUAUUUGAAAAUGAGAUUGCUAAUGAUAAAGGUCGUGACAUAUCCUUGAUGGAUUGUCAUCAAAGUCAUGAUGACAGAGAGACCAUGUCAAAUAAUGAAACUGUGACUCAUUUUGAAAAUGAGCAGGACAUUAGAUUUGAGAAUGAGAUUGCAAAUGAUUGCGGCUGUGACUUGUCCAUGAUAGAUUGUCACAAAAGUCAUGAUGACAAAAAGAUAAUGGAAAUUUGA